AUGGAGGAACUAGCAGACGAGAAAACUGUUCUUAUGUUCCACGCUGAGAUGGAAAGCCCAGGGAACUCAGAAGGUCAGGGACAUGGAGGAUGCAGUUUAUCCAAGGCCCCAACAUCAUAUUCGACUUUCCUGUCAUCCCGACCUCCCAAGCUUGAGACCACCGCAGUACGGGAGAUUCUAUCACUCUCUCACGUUGCGCCAGACUUGCCUUUGCAUAUUGUACACUUAUCUGCUGUCGAAUCAAUCCCUAUGCUGCGUGAGGCUCGUGGGAAAGGAGCAAAGAUAACUGCAGAAACAUGCUUCCAUUACCUGUCUCUAGCUGCCGAAGAUAUCCAAGAUGGUGAUACGAGGUUCAAAUGUUGUCCUCCAGUCCGUGGAAAGGCCAAUCAAGACCAGCUUUGGGACGAGCUACUUCGCCAUUCCUCAGAUGGGGUUAUAAAAACAGUGGUAUCUGAUCACUCGCCUUGUACGCCUAAUUUGAAGAUGCUUCCCAGCCAUAUCCCUGGGAACACAGGGGAAGUAAAAUCCGGUAAUUUUAUGGAAGCUUGGGGAGGUAUAUCAUCGGUGGGUCUUGGGCUUCCCAUCCUAUGGACUGAAAUACAAAGGCGAUACAAGGGAGAUUCCACUCCUGGGGGAAGACCAUUCUUAGAGGAGAUCGCUCGAUGGUGCUGCAGCAAUACUGCUGCACAGGUAUCAUGCGAUAAGCUAAAAGGCUCCUUGGCUGUCGGCUUUGAUGGCGAUGUGUGCAUUUUCGAUGACAAGGCAGAAUGGGUGGUUGAACCAAGCACCAUGCUGUUCAGAAACAAAUGUUCCCCGUACCAGGGCAAAACCAUGAAGGGUAUCGUAAGGGAGACCUGGUUGAGAGGCCAGAAGGUAUUUACUCGGUCUGAGGGCUUCCAUGGAAAGUGCAGCGGUGUUCGAGUUUGA